AGCGAGCCAAUGGGGCUCGCGGAUUUCAAUGGUCAUUGAAAAUGCGCGUUUGACUGCGGCAUUAUAGAAUGCUCGAGGUUGAAUCCGAAGGCGGCGCACCCGGUUCUUGCUUACCCCGUCGAUGUCGGAAGUGCCAACUAUAGCUGGAUAACGCCAAUAAAAUGACUGUAACAUUCUAGAAAGAACGACGUCCUUUCCACAAGGUGAGUUUUCCCGUCAAUGUACAUAAACGACGCUUCUACGAAGCUGCAUCGAGACGUUGACUGAAACAUCCAUUCAAUGCCAUUUUUAUAUAUGGACAUGCUCUCUGUUCGCCAGGAACGUGUCAUUGAAACUUGACGCGAAAGACAGCGGAAAAGUUGAACCCUGACGUCGAACACCGCCGAAAGAUUCAAUUCCUCGGCUGUCCAUCCACACGCCGACUGACGCCGACAUACGAAACGACGGCUUGCCUUGUACAAGACUGCUCGGCCUGACAAAACAACUGCACGCGCGUGUUGAAAAAAUUGUCAAGAACGAAGAAAUGCGGCACUAAGUCGUUCCCGGUGUCAAGGGCUAUCACCACGGAUAUCAGCGGCCGAGGUCUCGGUGCAAGCCAAAACAGAAGCCGAAAGUCAAGUCAAGAAGCAGUCGAACCGCGCAGCAUGCAGGCCGGCGAUUCCAAGCGCACCGUCUCUGGCACCGAGAAUGACUCGUACAAAAUCCCGGCCGCCGGCGGUUGGAGCGCCAUCUGUUCCGGAACUGAAGCCGACUCGUCCGUUGGUGUCGAUACGGUCGCGCCCGAACCAAGUGCACGCUCUUCGAAAGAAAUUACACCUAUGGAAUUCACUCCGUAUGAAGACAACAGACCAGCCGACGAACGCUGCGAGCGGGCCGCCGAGCUUCGCCCGUGCUCCCCGCGUGACAUGACUUUCACGGUGCACUUCUCGGUGCGCCCAGGAAGAGUCGGCUCCUGCGUGACGCUAUCGGCUAACGUGUCCCGCUGCCUUCGCGGAGCGAACCGCUUCUGGACGCUCCGUGACUGUGAGGCUGCCUGCAAUCAUACUCUAUCGGUGGCGCCGCUCAAGACGUCCUCGAACAACGCUGCGACUUCGACAACGACGAUGACGACGACGACGCAUAGACGUCGGCGGCGCCGGUGCGACGCCGCGGUGUCGUUUGGCCCGUGUUCUGUGGCCGAUCGGCGGCGGUCGUCGGCCAAUUUCGUCUUCGAGCACGGACGCUGCGUGGCGCUGCGGGCAGGCAGCUGCGCCGACGCGGGCUUCUCCACACUGAGACACUGCCGCUCCGCGUGCCCGGAGAAGGAUCCAUUGCAGAUAGAUGAACUCGUUAACUCUACGCUUGCGUGACUUGAGCACGACUUGCAACCUACCUCAC